ACCGCACCAAAUGUUAUUUAAAGAGCGCCCAUGAGGUCUAACCCUCUUUUCUACAGGGAGGAGUAACGAAUUAUUAAAAGUAAUCAAUAACUACCAGACUGAACAUAGUCAAUUUAUUUUAAGCAACUGCAGGGAAAUCAACAAAAGACCAUGGAAAAAGUUCGUUGCGAUAUGACAGCGUUUUGGAAGGAACACUCCAAAGACGCCACAGUGGAGGAGAUGAUGCUGGAUUCUCGUGCCAAGGAGCUGACUGAGCAGGAGCUGCCAGAGAUCCUCUCCAUGCUGCCGGCUCUGGCUGGGCACCGGGUGCUGGAACUGGGGGCAGGGAUCGGGCGCUACACUAGCCACCUGCUGACCAAAGCCGCCCACGUGACGGCUGUGGACUUCAUGGAAAGCUUCGUGGAGAAAAACAGGCAGCAAAAUGGUCACCAUAGCAACGUUACCUUUCUCCAAGCUGAUGUCACUAAGAUGGAUAUCCCCCAACACAGUGUCGACUUCAUCUUCUCUAAUUGGUUGCUGAUGUACCUGAGUGACGGCGAGCUGAAAUCCUGUAUGGAGAAAAUGCUUCACUGGCUCAAGCCUGGUGGCUUUCUUUUUUUCAGGGAGUCCUGCAACCACCGUUCAGGUGACAGCAAAAGGGACUUCAACCCCACUUUGUACCGCAGCGAGGCCCAGUACAGUCAUCUGGCAUCGUCAGUGCAGGUGGACGCCCCAGAUGCAGGCCAAACGUUUGGUUUUGAAAUUGUGUUGAAAAAGAAGGUUCAGACUUAUGUUGAGAUGAAAAAUAAUCCAAAUCAAAUCUGCUGGCUGCUGCAGAAGACUGUCCGUUCCUCGGGCAGCCAGACUGGAUUCAGCACCUUCCAGCAGUUUUUAGACAACCAGCAGUACACGCGGCGAGGCAUCCUACGCUACGAGAAGAUGUUUGGGCCAGGUUACGUCAGCACAGGGGGACCCACAACCACCAAGGAGUUUGUUGACCUACUGAACCUAAAGCCUGGACAGAAGGUUCUGGAUGUUGGAUGUGGCAUUGGUGGAGGAGACUUCUACAUGGCAAAGACAUUUGGAGUGGAGGUGCUUGGCCUGGAUCUGUCAGACAACAUGGUGGGGAUUGCCAUCGAGAGAGCGACAACUGAGAAACUUCCAACAGUGCAGUUUGAAGUGGCUGAUGCCACCAAGAGGACGUUUCCUGAAGGUUCAUUUGAUGUGAUCUACAGCAGAGACACGAUCCUGCACAUCGAUGAUAAACUGUCCCUCUUCAAACGCUUCCAUUCAUGGUUAAAGCCUGGCGGUCAGCUGCUCAUCAGUGACUACUGCUGUGGGGAGAAGCCCUGGACGACAGUGUUUGAGGCCUAUGUCAAACAGCGGGGAUACGUUCUCUAUACACCAUCAGAGUAUGGAAAGUUCAUUCAGGAAGCUGGUUUCUGCAAUGUUCGUGCAGAAGAUCGGACAGCCCAGUUCAUCCAAGUGAUCAAAACAGAGCUACAGAGAGCAGAGGCCAUUAAAGAUACAUUCAUUGAGGAAUUUUCGGACAAGGACUAUUUUGCAAUAGUUAAUGGCUGGAAAGAAAAACAUGAACGUUCCAACAGUGGAGACCAGCGAUGGGGACUCUUUCAUGCAACAAAGAAAUGAGGAAUUUCACAAAGAGUGGAGGAGAUAAUAAAAGGAGAAAUAUAUUGUUUGGCAUUUAUUUAUGUAUUCUUAUCUUUGAUGAAAGUCAAACAGUUUUGUGAGUUUAUAAAAACAAUGAAAAACAGUGGAUUUAAACUCACAAAAUGCAUAAAUGCAUCACUUCUUUUGUUUAAUUUAAUUAUCAAUGUUUGUCAAAAAAAUGUUUUUUGUACAGAACAUUUAGUUUUUAAAGAUGUGUUUGAAAUUGUCGUCAGUCAAAUUUUUCUGAAAUACCACAUUGUAUGUCCCAGAAACUUUAAAUUGGGUUCAGGUGCUCCAGGGACUCUUUUAGCCUAAAUCCCAGGAAGAUAUACAACACAAAGGUAAGACAUUGCAAGGCCUGACACAAUCAAUGACACAAAUGAGCAACUGUAGCUUCACCUCCUCAGUCAUUUACCAGGUAUGCUUCACUUAUGUGCCCUCAGUACCAGCUGAUAGGCAAACACUGCAAUACAUGUCGAUAAUAAAAUUUACAACUUCC